CUCCCUCACGAGCUCCCCCAAAAUCCUCCACUCUCCACUACCGCGCUGCGCACACAGACCAAUCAGUCGACCGACAAUGGCGGUUCCCACGCCGCAGCGCCGUCUCCUGGCGUCCGCCAUGGCCCUGCUGCUCGUCCUCGCCUCGUCCGGCGCCGGCGCUGUCGCCUUCGCGGGUCCUAUCAAGACGGUGGUGGUGGUGGUGAUGGAGAACCGGUCGUUCGACCACAUGCUGGGGUGGAUGAAGCGGCUGAACCCGGCGAUCGACGGCGUGACGGGCGCCGAGUGGAACCCGGCGAACGCGUCGGACCCCUCCGCGGGGCCGCGCGUCUACUUCGGCGACGGCGCGCAGUUCGUGGACCCGGACCCGGGGCACUCGUACCAGGAGAUCCGGCAGCAGGUGUUCGGGUCCGACGACGCGUCCGGGCCGCCGCUGAUGAACGGGUUCGUGCAGCAGGCGCGGUCCAUCGGCGGCGGCAACAUGACGGAGGCGGUGAUGAACGGGUUCGCGCCGGACAGCGUGGCCGUGUACCGGGAGCUGGUGGCGCAGUUCGCGGUGUGCGACCGGUGGUUCGCGUCCGUGCCGUCGUCGACACAGCCCAACCGCCUCUUCGUCCACUCCGGCACCUCCGGCGGCGCCACCAGCAACAACCCAGAUUUGGAUUACACCGGUUGGGUCGUCAAAUCAGUGUACAACCAGACGUACCCUGUUGCCGGAAGGAGCUACUGUACUAUAGCUUGCGCUGACGUUAGUGUGAAGCAGAGUGGGCCAUUUAUAGUGCGUGUCCCGGCCAUCUUGAUCUCUCCAUGGAUCGAGAAGGGAACAGUUAUGCAUGGGCCGAAUGGAAGUCCAACCCCGACGUCGCAAUUCGAGCAUUCUUCGAUCCCCGCAACCGUGAAGAAGUUGUUCAAUCUGCCACAGGAUUUCCUGACCAAAAGGGAUGCGUGGGCUGGGACCUUCGAAGGCGUCGUGCAAACCAGAACUGAACCGAGGACAGACUGCCCAGAGCAACUCCCGACGCCGACGAGGAUCCGACAGACGGAGGCGAACGAGGAGGCGAAGCUGAGCUCGUUCCAGCAGGAGAUCGUGCAGCUGGCGGCGGUGCUGAACGGCGACCACCAGCUGAGCAGCCUGCAGGAGAGGAUCAGGGAGAGGAUGAACGUGAGGGAAGGCACCUCCUACAUGAGGUCGUCCGUGCGGCGCUUCUUCGAGGCCGGCAUGUCGGCAAAGAGGAUGGGCCUCGCCGACGAGGAGCAGAUCGUCAAGAUGAGGCCUUCCCUCACCACCAGGACCACCACUGCAGACCAAGAUGAUCGUCCCUAGAGAGCAUACAUACAUACAUAGGAAAUUGAUUGAUGUUGGGGAAACAAUUACUAGUACUACACUCUACACAUAGAAGAUCAGCCAGCGUACGUAGCCUAGCCAGUACCAUACGGUGUGCUCGUGCUAUAUGGGAUGGAACUGCUGUAGGCCGGAUGGAUUCGGCAAUACAUGGGCUGUAGAAAAACCAAACAUUGGUACUGUGGUAUACAAAUACAAGCAAUGCAGCAUUCCACCA